AUCGAGACAGUUGGUUCAUUAUUGAUUUUGAUGAUGCAUGCCAUGCUCCUUCAAAUAUUCCUAACACACAAUUAGUUAAAGAAAGUCAUGCACCUGAGAUUUUUGAAUCCCAUCACAAUGAGAGUGUUGAUAUUUGGUCUGUCGGGUAUUUGAUUCAGACGGCCUCUGUUGAGCUUCAAGGAUUGGAUGAAUUGAAAGUUUAUGCAAGAAUGAACUUGAUGGCAAAGGAUAAAUCUAAUAGACCAACAGCCAAAGAUGCUUUGCGGUGGCUUUGGAGCAAAUAUAGAGAUGUUCUCGAAGAUUUUUUGGAAGAGGAGGAAAUUGAAGAAUCAUAA